UUGGAUUUCUGCCAUGUUCAAGCUGAAACAAUUUGCAUGCAUUAUCAUGUUUGCUAAGCCAAGUUUCUGUGUCUCAACCACUUUUAACAAAAUGUAAUCACUGCUUAUUAAUUAUUACGAAAAGGAUUGAAGAUUUGUUUCUUGCGGAGGCACGAUUUACUCCAGCAUAUACAGCAAGAAGGCUUUCCAAUCAGAGUGAAACAUUCUAACGGGGCAGAGUACCGAAUAAUACCUCGAAGAAAUAUCUCUGACUUUCAGACAAAGCGGUCCAAUGAGUUAUUAUCGAACCUCAACAUCUUAUCCACCUCGAUUUUGGAAUAUGCUUUUUAUGUUGCAGCUCCAGACCAGCGCGGAGCGGAAACCUUUUGGAGCAUGAGUAUAUAAAGUCGUAAGGAGUUCAGCUGAAAUCAAGGCGUCUCUCGAGGUGAUCUCAUCAGGAUGAUCGCAGAGUGAGACGUUACCUUUUUUAUAGGUCAAUUUAGAGCUGAGAGUUCACAACAGAUUCGGAGUCCAAGGCAGCAACCAGAAGUUUAAAAUGCUUAGUGUCCGAGCCCCAUUUCGAGUUCCUGCACAUGCUGUAGCUCCUUCCAACCCCUGCGAUACUCCCUCAGCAUCCACCCGGUCCUCAGUAUGUUCCAAAUCUUCUUCAUUGAUGGGUACCGCGGUCCAGUCUGGACCUCACGAGAAUUCCAUGUCACAGCAGCUCCCGCAAGGACAUGGCAAAAGCCUUCAUCCAGUGCGAGCGGGCCUCAGAGAUCUCGUUCCAGAUCCGCUCAAUCUCCUCCAUCAUAAGAAGGACCAGGUGCAAGUUGAAGGGGUGAUGCUCAUUUCGAACAGGACAGUCCUUGAUUUCGACAACCCGGUAGCCAGUCUCGUAGAUAAGAAUGUGGACCUCCUCGGUUUGGGAAAAAUUCAGUUUCAGCUCGUCAGCGAGGAUCUCGACAAAAACGGGAAGCCCAAACUGACCGACGCUGCCGUGGUGAAGAACUACGCGUUCUCGGAUUUAUCGCCUCUGGCUGGUCAGACAAAGUACAAAGUCACCUUCAAAGUCGACCCUGAUUUCGGGAAAAUCGGAGCUGUUGUGGUCAGGAACAAUCAUCUGAACGAGUUUUUUCUCCACUCGUUGUGUCUUAAACUGGACGGCGGCGAAGUAGUCGACUUCUUCUGUAACUCUUGGGUCAAUCCAGAGUCAUAUGAAUUGCAGUUUAAAGGGAUAAGAGGGAUAAAUUACACUCCUCUACCUGACCGCGUAUUCUUUCUCAACAAGGCACGUCUUCCUGAAGAUACACCACCAGGUCUGAAAGGUUACAGAGAAGAAGAUUUGAAAAACUUAAGGGGAAAUGGUAAGGGAAUGAGAGUUUUUUCUGACAGGAUCUACGACUAUGAUGUCUACAAUGAUCUGGGCAGACCGGAAUCCUUUCAUCCCGUCAUGCGACCUGUCCUGGGCGGCGACAAUCUGCCCUACCCCCGUCGGUGCAGAACUGGGCGAGGACAUAGUAAGACGAAAAAUCCAGCAAGGCCCUCAGAUCCUCCGUCAGAGAAGGAGAUGGGUUCAGACGGCAUAAUAGCACUCGGUCCUUUGGUAGGACUCUUGGAUUUCUACGUUCCUUGCGAUGAGUUUUUCGGUGGAGAGAAAACGAGUGCGCUUUUAGCAGUCGGACUGAAGUCUGUCGCCCACACUCUUGUUCCACUUAUUGAAGGUCUCUUCACGGGAGACAGAACCGCCCACUUCGAUAGUAUACAAGACUUCAAAGACUUGUAUGCGAAGGGUGUCAAGUUGGACACGAGCCAAGAAGCUAAAGACGGUCCCCUUGUCUUCGUUGAUUCGCUCUGCAACGCCGCUGGCGAUGACAAACGCAUCCUCAAAUUUCCCGUUCCUCAAGUAUUCGCGAAUAGCGACUUCGCUUGGAAUGAGGAUGAGGAGCUUGGUCGUCAAACCCUGGCCGGGUUGAAUCCAGUUGUCAUCCAAGCUUUGACGCAAUAUCCUCCCAAAAGUACCAUGAAUCUCCCGGAGGACGUGUAUGGUCCCAAUUCCGUCUUGACAGACGAACACAUCUUGCCGUAUUUGGAAGGACUCAGCGUGCAGGAGGCAAUUGAUGCCAAGAAGCUGUUCAUCAUUGAUUAUCAUGAUCCUUUUGCCGUUUACCUUCCGAAGAUACUUAAGUUGGGAGAUAAAAAGAAAGGCUACGCUCCAAGAGCGAUAUUUUUUUACAACAAGGAGGGAGCCAUGAUGCCCAUCGCCAUUGAGCUCUCCAAGCCUGAAGGAAGUACCUUCAAGCACACAGUGUACACCGCACCAUUGAGAAAGGGAGACAGAAAUCCCUACUGGGAUUUAGCCAAAGCACACUUCAAUUCUAUCGAUUUUGGUUACCAUGAGCUCAUCAGCCAUUGGUUGAGGACGCAUGCAGUUAUGGAGCCAUUUGUCAUUGCAACUCGAAGGCAAUUGAGUACAAUGCACCCAAUCUAUAGUCUUCUGGACCCUUGCUUCAAGAACACUAUGAUGAUCAACGCCGCAGCACGAGUAGCUCUCAUCAAUGCGACUGGAAUUAUUGAGCUCUUCUUUCUUCCUGGAGAAUACUCUAUGGAAAUGUCAGCUGUCAUGUAUGGCCUCACCUGGACUUUCGAGAAGCAGGCACUACCCAAUGAUCUGGUCUCAAGAGGUAUGGCGGUGCCAGACGAAACACAGAAAGCGGGUGUAAAGUUGGUCAUAGACGACUAUCCUUUUGCCGAGGACGGACUGGAUCUGUGGGUCGCUCUUCACGACUGGAUCACCGAGUACGUGAACAUUGCCUACAAAUCAGACGAAGCAGUCCGAGGCGACAAGGAGCUGCAGGCAUGGUGGAACGAGAUUGUCACAGUCGGCCAUGCUGACAUCAAGACGGGAUGGCCUAAGGCAGACAGUAGAGCAAGCUUGGUCGACAUCUGCUGCACCAUCCACUGGAUCGCCGGUCCUCACCACGCCGCCGUCAACUUUGGCCAGUACUCGUACGCCGGCUUCAUGCCCAACAAGCCUUCCACAUGCCUCCGCUGGAUCCCCGAGGAGGGCACUGCCGAAGCUCAAGAGCUCGAGCAGGAUCCAUUCCUGUUCCUGCUGAAAACUGUAGCGACUGAGAUCAUCGCUCUUCCGAUCAUGACCACAGUUGAGUUACUCGCGCAGCAUGGUACAGACGAGGAGUACCUCGGAGAUCGUAACGAGUUGUGGACUUCCGAUCCACAGGUGCAGCAGGCGUUCAAGAAACAUUCAGAGAAAAUCGAAGCUCUCCAAAGUGAGUUCGAGAAGAGGAACAGCGAUUCAACGAAGAGGAACAGAUCUGGGCCGGCGAAGGUCCCUUACACUCUUCUGUACCCCAAAUCUGGCCCCGGUUUGACUGGUAGAGGGGUCCCCAACAGCAUAUCCAUCUGAUACUAACCACAUAAUCCGAGGUUUAUCAUUCCCGGGAACGGUUAUUAUCAAUCUUAAUCUCAAUCUCAAUCCCAACGUCGGGUCAUGAGAUGACAGCUUAAGAUAUACUUGAAAGUCGGUUAGCAGGCACUCGAAGUUGGACGUAGGAGGAUUAGUCUCUAGGUUUGUAGAAGCUCAGUACGCAUCUGAUGUGCAUAGUCGCGUUGAGAAGUAAAAUAUGAAUUUAUCACGAAGGUCCGUCCACCACAGUUCCAUAUCAUAUCGUAUCUUGGCGCUCUUCUCUCACAUCACUAGACAAAUGCCUCUGACAUGUAUCAAGCACACUCCCUUAAAGUGUAUUCCAACUCAUAGAGUAGGACGGUAAGAGUGGUCUGCUAUGAUCACCUUCAGGAAGACAGUGGGAUGGGCAGCGCUCGUAAUGAAAGUGGUGGGUCCGAUUCAAGCUCUGGUAAUCUCAGGAGUGCAGAUUUACAACGAAGUCUACUCCUAAAAGUUUAACUUCAACUACACGCGAAAUCAGUCGACAUGCUUAGUUCGGUGACAUGUCGUUCCCUCAGAUGGCGUUGAUUGAUUUUAUGUCAAGUCUCUGCUUAACAGUGGGUUUUGAGGCUCCCCAACGCCCUGAAGUUCUGCGUACCUCAAUCACAGUAAAGAAGUGAUAUUACUGAGAGAAAAAUAUAAGCAGGUAAGUCUUAGACUGUGAAGUACGAGGAUCCUCUGAUCAGAGAACUUUGCCGAACGGAUCACGCAGAACACGUGACUUACAUAAAGAUAGAAUGAACUCGUUCGAUGACAGGCCGUCGACAGUAUUCAGUGCAUGGAAGCGUCGGAUAUCAGAAUCUGAAAACGAGGAAAUGUGUCUGAUCGCCAAAUCCUCACAUGCUGUUGUCAUCGAUCUUCGGAAGCAAAAGCUAAUGUCAGAAUGGAAUGGGCGAGGAAUCAGUCCAGCCAAGAAUCUGAUAACCACUCGCGUCAUGCCACGUCCCUUGCCCUUGCCCUCACCUGAAGACUGAAUCCUCGGUGGUCAUUUUCAUGCGCCAAUUGUAUUAAAAGUACGCAAAUAUACUUUUGAUAUAAUAAGGAAAAGCCUCGAAUGCUGUGCACCCAUCACUGGAUAGGUGCGGGCGUCUAGGAAUUACCUGUUGGAGCACUUGACGAGCC